AACUAGCUUCCCAUCCACCUGAAGCUCACUGUCCCUGGGGGGAGUUUGCAGCAAGUCGGCAGUCGGUGGUGUAGAAUGGCUGCGUCUCUUCACAUCCCUCAAAAUGAACUUUCCGAAGUCGACAUCUCCAGUGGAAGUGACAGCUUCGUGGUUGGUUCUAACUCGAGCGGGAUGUCCGGCUUCCAGCAGUGGAUGCAGAUCACCGAACCCCAGAAAACAGCGCAAGGCCCCUGGCUGCCAAAGGACAGCGAGGCCAUUCCCCUCUCUCCGGUGUCACCCUCAACGUUAAUGCCAACGCAGCACUGGACGAAAGGGGCGAAUGCCACGGAAAAAGCGGCGGGAGCCCACUAUAGUAGCGGAGGCAGGGAGAGCCGGUCUGGAACAGCGAGUAUCGCUUGCAAGCGAACUUCAUCCAUUGUGGACGGCCUGUUGAUCGAACUGUAUGAUUCCUGCGCUUACAGCAGCAGAAGCAUUGACAGCGUGGAUAGUUCAACGGAGACCUCCAGCUCCGAUGCUUUUCUGGGAAGGAGUAAUUCUGGAUCUAUGUUCUUGCAAGAAUUUCAGGAACAGUACACUGCAAAACAUCAGAUGCUGUACCUGGCACAGAAAGAUGUAGAUGAGCUUAAGCGAAUUAUAGAAGAGCUGAAAUACAGAAUCGCUGUCCAAUCUGCAAAACUGGUUCGUCAAUUAAGGAGAAAAGACAACCUUUCACACAAAGUACAGAAGAAUAGUGAUAUUGUGACAGCAUGUUUGCAAGCAGUUUCACAGAAAAGGCGAGUUGAUACAAAGCUGAAAUUUACCAUCCAACCAUCCAUGAACAAGCAUGGCUUCCAGCAGUGGUAUGAUGCUCUGAAAGCUGUUGCUAGGUUACCCACAGGAAUUCCAAAGGACUGGAGAAAAAGAGUUUGGUUGACUCUAGCAGAUCAGUACUUGCACAGUAUCUCAAUUGACUGGGAGAAAACCAUGCGUUUUGCUUUCAAUGAUAGAAGCAACCCUGAUGAUGAUUCUAUGGGCAUUCAAAUAGUGAAGGAUCUUCACAGAACAGGUUGCAGUUCUUACUGUGGGCAGGAGGCUGAGCAGGAUCGUGUGAUGCUGAAGCGAGUUCUUCUUGCGUAUGCUCGUUGGAACAAAUUUGUAGGCUAUUGCCAAGGUUUCAAUGUACUUGCUGCACUCAUACUGGAAGUGGUGGAAGGGAAUGAAGGAGAUGCACUGAAGGUUAUGAUUUACUUAAUUGACAAAGUACUCCCUGAGAGCUAUUUUGCCAAUAAUUUACGUGCGUUAUCAGUCGAUAUGGCUGUUUUUCGAGAUCUUCUGCGGAUAAAAUUACCUGAACUUUCCCAGUAUCUUGAUAAUCUUCAGAAAGGUGCCAAUAAGGAAAGUGCAGGUAAUUACGAGCCUCCCCUGACCAAUGUGUUCACCAUGCAGUGGUUCCUAACUUUGUUUGCAACAUGCCUUCCUAAUCAUACUGUGCUACGAAUCUGGGAUUCUGUGUUCUUUGAAGGCUCUGAGGUGAUUCUACGAGUAGCCUUGGCAAUCUGGGCCAAACUUGGAGAGUUUACUCUUUAUUCAAUGGCACCAUUUCCCUUUCCACAACUGGCUGAACUGAGAGAGAAAUACACUUAUAAUAUCAAUCCAUUUCCGGCCCCUGUCAAGUCUUCAGAGUCACAACGAAAUCUCGGUAAAACAAAAGACAGUGAUGAAGAGAUUGAUUUGGAUGAUGAUGAUGUAACAGCUUCUGCAAUUGGCUGCCUGGGACCAUUCAGUCUUCUUGUACCAGAACUGCAGAAAUAUCAAAAACAAGACAAAGAUCAGCAAGAUGAACAAAUCCUGAAAUCGAGCAACAUAGCCGAGCUCAGCCCUGGGGCGAUUGAUGCGAGCCGCAGUGAGCACCACUCUGUCUUUAACAGCAUGAUGAUGGAACGCAUGACAACUGAUAUCAAUGCACUGAAACGACAGUAUGUUAGGAUGAAGAAGAGGCAACAGCAACAACAAGCCCAUCUCAUCUUCAUUAAAGCAGGAACAGAAGAUGAAAUUAAUCCUGGGAUCAUCCCAGAUCCUAGGAACAAGCUGAAUAAUGCUAUUGAAAGAAGUGAAGGGCCAGUCAGCACCAUUCUCCCAUCACAGACCAAUCAGACUCCAAUGAUGAACCACUUACUUCUAGGGAAGAAAUUGAGAACUACUAACAGAAUCACCAGGAAUGCUGUAAUUCAUGUCCCUGGGCCAAAAACCUCACAGGAUGACAUGAAGUCAAAGCUCAAUUCUCCAUGGCGCACUCACAUUCGAGUUCAUCGGAAAAACCUAGCAAGGAUCAAGAACCAGCUGAGCUACGGUGAUACCAUAGGACUAAUGGAGGAUCACAGUGACAUUAUGAAACGGAAAAGUAAUAAACCAGUAGAAGAAUCAUCUCUUAGCUCGACAGAAAACAAUGAAGCUGACAAGAAAAGUACUGAGGAUCGAAUAUCAGCACAAGCAGAUGGACAAUCUUCUGAUCCAGUUUACAGGGAUGCUAACGACAAUGUGACUGUAGUUCAGCACCAGCUAAAAAGACUAGACUUAAGCCCGACUGACACAACUGCAACCGAGCCUCCCAGUCCAUCACCAAGCCAAAGGUGCUCAUCUGAUUCUUCAGAUUCCGAGAAAGGAAUUUCGGAUCUAGGGCACAGAACUAGCACUUUGAAGAUUCAGACAUUCAACCCUUUUCCUAGUGUUAAACCUCCCAGAAAAUCAGCAGCAGCAAGAAAUUUAGGAUUGUAUGGGCCAACUGAAAGGACCCCAACAGUCCAUUUUCCCCAUAUGAGCAAAAAGGUUAACAGCACUGGAAACAACAAACUAAAGGGGACCAGGAAAGAAUAAAUAAGUUAGAAUAAUUCUGUAAUGAUCAUUUUGUUAUAAUUUAUUCUUAAAUUAAAAUGUUAAGACAUUUUUUAAUCAUGUGCAAUGUUAGAAGACGUACUUUCUGCAAAUAACAGUUUUAAAAAAGUGGUUUGACAACCUAAAGUCAAAUUUUAAAGUGUUGUUGUAUUAAAUACAUUUUCCAGAAAUUGAAGACCAAUAUUAGAUGCACAUAAUGUGAUAUUUAUGGGCAACUGAAGGAAAACAAAACAAAGCAUGAAAGGUGAUGUAGUAUGAAAUGAUUUAAAAUUCUCAUAACUGCUGUCUUACCUAUCGUUAUUGUAUAAUGUAACAAUAAAAAGUACUGUUUACAAUUUCAA